AUGCAAAUAUUGCAGGCAAUUUUAUUUACAACAAGAACAAUAUUCCUAAUCUAUGAUCUUUUACAUGCAAUCAUCAAUAAAGUAAUACUAUAUGAUCGUUUAGGACGUUUGUUUGGUUCAUCAUCAUCAACAACAUUAUCGGAAAAAAUCUAUACAAUUAGUUUGUUUAUGAUUGCAAUGUUUCUCAUUUUGAUGAUUGUUUUUACAUUUGUUUAUAAUUAUCUAUUGGUACAUGAAAAUUUCCCCGCAUCAGCUUUUGAAAUUAUUGGCCUAAUUUAUCUGUUAACAUUAAUAAGACAUAAACAAUUUGUACGUUUAGAAAAACAAAUGGAACAACAAAGACGUUUAUCACAAAUGUUUGAUAUGCGUCGACGAAAACAUGGUCGUCAUCAACAUUUAAAAACACCACAAUCACCUUGUGGAUCACCAGGUUCACAAAUGAUGUUACCACAUCAAAGACGUUAUGCUGGACAACAACAACAACAACAAUUAUCACCAAUGGUAACAACAAGUCCACCAUCAAUUAUUAUAUCCGGAACUGAUGAUGAUAAUGAUAAUGAUAAUGAGAGUGGUAAAAGUGUUGAUGAUAAUCAUGAAGAUUAUCAAAGUCAAAACGAUUUAAAUCAAUUAAAAAUUGAUGAAAAACCGGAAGCAGAACAGCAGCAUCGUUCAAAGAUUAAAGAUGAUAACAGCAGCAAACAAUUCGGUAGUUUAUUAAGUGUUGUUGAACAAUUUACUGAUGAUUUACAUCAGCAUAAUCAUCAUCAUGGUCGACGUCGACGACGAAGACGACAUCGUUCACGUGAAUUAUCACCGGAUAUUGAUCGUAAUGAUCAUCAAUUGCGUCGACGUAAAUCGAAUGAUGAUUCAACAUUCGAUUUUGAACAUUAA